UCAUUUAUCUUACAGCAAAGUUGAAGAAUGAGCAUCACUGCGGGUGGACAAAAGUACACACGUAAGGAUGAGAAUAUAGAAAACGACACAAAAAUACAGAACUGAGGUUGGAGGACAAAAAAAAAAAUGAUUCGAGCAGCAGUGAUAUCUUUGCUGAUGCUUUACGGCACCAUGACUGUGAUGAUCACUGCAAUGCCAUUGGAUGACGCCACGCCCUCUGAAGACGCCAUGCAAUCAAAUGACGCCACGUCGUCCGAUGACGCCACGCCCCCCGAAGACCCCACACCUCCCGAAGACCCCCCGACGCCCAAAGACCCCUCAUCCCUCGUAGACCCACCAACGCCCGAAGAUCCCUCACUACCUGAAGACCCCACGCCUCGCGUAGACCCACCAACGCCCGAAGACCCCCCACCCCCCGUGGACCCACCUACCCCCGAAGACCCCCCAACGCGCGAAGAUCCCUCAUCCCCCGUAGACCCACCUACCCCCGAAGACCCCCCAACGCCCGAAGAUCCCUCAUCCCCCGUAGACCCACCAACGCCCGAAGACCCACCUACGCCUGAAGACCCCCCAACGCCCGAAGAUCCCUCAUCCCCCGUAGACCCCCCAACGCCCGAAGAUCCCUCAUCCCCUGUAGACCCACCAACGGCCGAAGACCCACCAACGCCCGAAGACCCCCCAACGCCCGAAGAUCCCUCAUCCCCCGUAGACCCACCAACGCCCGAAGACCCACCUACACCCGAAGACCCCCCAACGCCCGAAGACCCCCCACUGCCCGAAGAUCCCUCAUCCCCCGUAGACCCCCUAACGCCCGAAGAUCCCUCAUCCCCCGUAGACCCACCAACGCCCGAAGACCCCCCAACGCCCGAAGACCCACCAACGCCCGAAGACCCACCUACCCCCGAAGACCCUCCAACGCCCGAAGAUCCCUCAUCCCCCACCCCCCAACGCCCGAAGAUCCCUCAUCCCCCGUAG